AUGAGAUGGCAGCCAACGGGAUAUUGCAGUUCCUGGAAGCGACUGCGGCGCUGUGGCCGGACGAGGCGGCGCAGUAUCCAAUCGAGCAGCCCUGUUUCGGGUACAGGCCUUGACCUUGGUGGCUUCCAAGCAGGAUGCAGUGCAUUGCGCACAAGUGCGAGCCGUGUUGCCAGCCAGCGGGGUGGGGGGGGGGGGGGGGGGGGGGGACUCCACAGAAGCAAUAUACUACGCCGCCGGGACUGCAGAGGCGCACUUGGCCGCCGGCUGCGCCCAGAAGUGGGCGCAGCCGGCGCAAGCCGUCGGCGCCGACCAGCAGCGCUACAGGGGUGUGCAAAACGGGAACUACCAGGAAAGCGAUGUGCGCCCAAGAGCCGCCUCAGAGGUGGCGUGUGGCUUGCACCGGGACACCUCAGUCAGCGGGCGCUGCUGACGGGUCCUCAGUUAGCCCGUAAAGAACACGAGGACCUGCGACUGGACUCCUUCCAACACCACCUGAGGAAGGCUCCCAGCGAGGAAGAAGCCGGGCCCCCUGCACAACAGCCUAGGGGGGCCUGCCCUAACGCUAAACGGCAGAGGAAAACGAUUAUGAAAAACGAACGACGCGCGGCUGCCCAGGGUGGGCUGCCUGCACCGUGAGCAGCUGCCACGGCGGGGCCUCGGCGCCGCCGCCGGCGGAGGGCGACGCAGCCGAGGCCCUCUCACGCCGACGGACCCCUCGUGCAACCGCAGGGAGGGACAUCUCGUGAGUGGGCCCCAACAAGGCUCCAAAACUUACCUUUACGCUACAAACUGUUUCGCAAUUCGCCGUAGCGGUGAAGGAGUGACUCUGGGCCUCGAGGUCAACGUCUGGCAGAAGCACGCGGUGCGGUGCAGUGCAGCGGACCAGGGCGACAUCUCAGCUGGUGGCAAGCGGACGCGGACCACUCUGUUCCCGCGGCGGUGACACUUCGUCAGUCGCCGAAACUACUCGGCGGCGGCCGGCUGGGGCCAGCCGGCCGCCGGUGAGGCGGGGGAAGCCUUGGCGCAGCCCCAACUUCCCAGCGCACAGUAGAGGCUGGGUGUCGGAAGCCGCUUCCGGCGGACUGUGCAUUGGUGGGUAGCGGAGCUCCUGAUGGGGGCCACGUCAAAUCACGAGACAGCUGCCCGCCCCGUGGUCGCCUGACGGCUCCGAUCGUCGGCGACAAUUCCGUCCUUUUCACCCUCGCCCUCUCCCCUCUCCUUUCCAAAGAUUGUGAUCCUCGUUGUUUCCCCAAACCACCGUCCACGUCCAUUACCUUCCUUAUUUUUCUCUUACCCAUUACCCCUCGAUCCAUAUCCCACUUACUACACACUCGCUGCUGGACGCCAUCCCACACUCAGGUUCUCGUACGAAACUUCUCGCAACUACUACACCAGUGGUGUCCCACACUAAAUCUUCAUCGCCCUGUACGUUCCAGUUUUAUGGAAUAAAAAACUGCAAAAAAUA